GGCUCUGGGCGCAGCCCCCGCCCGGAGCGAGUAGGAGGAGGAGCUGCGGCGGCCGCAGCCACUCCGGCAGGUCCGCGGUACUGCCAGAACCCGCCGACGGCGCGGGCUGCUGGUCCCCGCGCGGUGGAGGCGCCGGCGGCCCCGGGACCAUGGAGCCUUGUGACGCGGCGCGCCCCGGCUUCGAUCGGGUUGCCGGGGCGCCGCCGCGGCGGCUGCUGCUGCCGCCGUUGCUGCUGUCGCUGCUGCUGGGUCGGGGGCUACGAGUCGCGGCCGCGGCCUCGGCCUCCUCUGGGGCGGCGGCCGAGGACAGCAGCGCCAUGGAGGAGCUCGCUACUGAGAAGGAGGCGGAGGAGAGCCACCGGCAAGACAGCGUGAGCCUGCUCACCUUCAUCCUGCUGCUCACGCUCACCAUCCUCACCAUCUGGCUCUUCAAGCACCGCCGAGUGCGCUUUCUGCACGAGACCGGGCUGGCCAUGAUCUAUGGGCUCAUUGUUGGGGUGAUCCUGAGGUAUGGUACCCCGGCUACCAGUGGCCGUGACAAAUCACUCAGCUGCACUCAGGAAGACAGGGCCUUCAGCACCUUAUUAGUGAAUGUCAGCGGAAAGUUCUUCGAAUACACUCUGAAAGGAGAAAUCAGCCCUGGCAAGAUCAACAGCGUAGAGCAAAAUGACAUGCUACGGAAGGUAACAUUUGAUCCAGAGGUAUUUUUCAACAUUCUUCUGCCUCCAAUUAUUUUCCAUGCUGGAUACAGCUUAAAGAAGAGACACUUUUUUAGAAAUCUCGGGUCUAUUCUGGCCUAUGCCUUCUUGGGGACUGCUGUUUCGUGCUUCAUUAUUGGAAAUCUCAUGUAUGGUGUGGUGAAGCUCAUGAAGAUUAUGGGACAGCUCUCAGAUAAAUUUUAUUACACAGAUUGUCUCUUUUUUGGAGCAAUCAUCUCUGCCACUGACCCAGUGACUGUGCUGGCAAUAUUUAAUGAAUUGCAUGCAGACGUGGAUCUUUACGCACUUCUGUUUGGAGAGAGCGUCCUAAAUGAUGCUGUUGCUAUUGUACUGUCCUCGUCUAUUGUUGCCUACCAGCCAGCAGGACUGAACACUCAUGCCUUUGAUGCUGCUGCCUUUUUUAAGUCAGUUGGCAUUUUUCUAGGUAUAUUUAGUGGCUCUUUUACCAUGGGAGCUGUGACUGGUGUUGUGACUGCUCUAGUGACCAAGUUUACCAAACUGCACUGCUUCCCCCUGCUGGAGACAGCACUCUUCUUCCUCAUGUCCUGGAGCACAUUUCUCUUAGCAGAAGCCUGCGGAUUUACAGGUGUUGUAGCUGUCCUUUUCUGUGGAAUCACACAAGCUCAUUACACCUACAACAAUCUGUCGGUGGAAUCAAGAAGUCGAACCAAGCAGCUCUUUGAGGUGUUACAUUUCCUGGCAGAGAACUUUAUCUUCUCCUACAUGGGCCUCGCGUUGUUUACCUUCCAGAAGCACGUUUUCAGCCCCGUUUUCAUCAUUGGAGCUUUUGUUGCCAUCUUCCUGGGCAGAGCUGCACACAUCUACCCGCUCUCCUUCUUCCUCAACUUGGGCAGAAGGCAUAAGAUUGGCUGGAAUUUUCAACACAUGAUGAUGUUUUCAGGCCUCAGGGGAGCAAUGGCAUUUGCGUUGGCCAUCCGUGACACGGCAUCCUAUGCUCGCCAGAUGAUGUUCACGACCACCCUUCUCAUCGUGUUCUUCACUGUCUGGAUCAUUGGAGGAGGCACGACACCCAUGUUGUCAUGGCUUAACAUCAGAGUUGGCGUCGAGGAGCCCUCCGAAGAGGACCAGAACGAACACCACUGGCUGUACUUCAGAGUUGGUGUUGACCCUGAUCAAGACCCACCACCCAACAAUGACAGCUUUCAAGUCUUACAAGGGGAUGGCCCAGAUUCUGCCAGAGGAAAUCGGACAAAACAGGAGAGCGCAUGGAUAUUCAGGCUGUGGUACAGCUUUGAUCACAAUUACCUGAAGCCCAUCCUCACACACAGCGGCCCCCCUCUAACCACCACUCUCCCUGCCUGGUGUGGCUUGCUAGCUCGAUGUCUGACCAGUCCCCAGGUGUAUGAUAACCAAGAGCCACUGAGAGAGGAAGACUCCGAUUUCAUCCUGACUGAAGGCGACCUCACGUUGACCUACGGGGACAGCACAGUGACUGCAAAUGGCUCCUCAGGUUCGCACACCGGCUCCACAAGUCUGGAGGGCAGCCGCAGAACGAAGAGCAGCUCAGAGGAAGUGCUGGAGCGAGACCUGGGAAUGGGAGACCAGAAGGUUUCGAGCCGGGGCACCCGCCUAGUGUUUCCUCUGGAAGAUAAUGCUUGACUUUCCCCCCAAACCCUGGUGCAGUGGGGUAGGCUCCCAAUGGGGUGAGGACGGCUGCAAGCCCUAGUGUUGUUUGAGGUGGGGCAGUGACUAGAUAGAACUAACUCUUCUAUUUUAUUGGAGUCUGAAGCUAACUUAACACUUAAAAUUUAACUCACGAUGCAGAUGGUGAGGCAAAAGUCUCUAAAUUCAGACAAACAUGACCUAUUCCCACUUUUUUCACAUAGUAGUACGCUGUUUCAGAGUUAAACAAAAAAAAUAGCAUGCUUUAAUGGUCUCUUAAUUCAUUCACCUGCAGUAUCUGAGCAAGGCGGGGCAGGUGCUGGGCGAAGGGCUUCCUCACAUGAGAGGCUGCAUCUCAGUGCACAGCAGUGCAAGUCAAGCUGACCAUAGAAAUAUCAAGUUAGGGGAGAACAGGCUGGAAGAAGGAUCGAGAAGGAAGGCAAUUGAGAUUGGAACUCCAAGGAUUAUGGGAAACUGGUGUUAAAUGGGACAGAAAACAUGGAAAAGCAAUUUGAGUGAAGGCUCUGGCAGCGAAGGCUGCAUGACUGCAACCUCAUAUGAGGAUUCCUGACUUUUAUGCUACCUGUGUUUCUUCUUGACUGAAGAUUUGAAAAUACAUCCAUGAACAUUUCAACAUGGAACAAGGCAUUAUGGUUCCUUCUCUGGCGAUGUCCGUAAAGAAGUAGUUACGAAAUGUUUAAAACCAAAGGCAAAUAGUGUUAUACUCUUAUUUCUUAAUUAAUCUGAGGAAAGGAGGUAUUUAGAAACCGAUGAUGGCAUCACUGCAAAAGGCAUCCAACUUUUGAGGGCUGCCAUAUGAACUGACAGCCUAGGAAGUAAUCACGAGGACGGAGCUAUCUACUGUGGGUUUAGAAAUAACACCAAAUUUUUUAGGAUGCUAUUACCUGGGGAAGAGAAGGCAGCAAGAAACCUACAGGGCACCAGACUAGAAUUCAGAGGGAAAGAAAUUUCAGUACAAAAAAUUAACUGCAAAGAAAUAUGAGUUAGUAGUCUCAAGACUGGGUAGAAUCCCAAAAUUUGAGCUGACAAACGCAUGAGAUUUCAGUGGCCACCUGAGGAAUCAGAGGGAAGUCAAUGGAACAUUGAGUAUCUUCAACCCACUAGAGAGUUCUGUCUUCUAUAAGCAUAGGAAUCUGGGUGUCUUGCAGAGAAGGGUCAUUUUCCUUGUCUCUGGGGAGGCUGCUGCACCAGCUUAACAUAUGGGUGUGAUUUGAAAGUUAGGUUUUCGGCCAGGCGCGGUGGCUCAUGCCUGUUUAAUCCCAGCACUUUGGGAGGCUGAGGUGGGCAGAUCACGAGGUCAGGAGUUUCAGAACAGCCUGGCCAAUAUGGUGAAACCCUGUCUCUACUAAAAAUACAAAAAUUAGCUGGGCAUGGUGGCACGUGCCUGUAGUCCCAGCUACUCUGGAAGCUGAGGCAGGAGAAUCGCGUGAACCUGGGAGGCAGAGGUUGCAGCGAGCCGUGAUCAUGCCAUUGCACUCCAGCCUGGGGGACAGAGCGAGACUCAGUCAAAAAAAAAAGAAAGAAGGAAAGUUAGGGUUUGGGUUCUUUCUGGAUGAGCUGUUCUCUGCCCACACCUGUAGUGCUGAAAUACUGAAAGACCUCUUGGGAAAAGUUUGAGUUUCUCCCCAUGUCUCUGUGCCUGCCUCAGCACUAGCAUAUUUUUGGCAACACAAUUUCUAAAAAAUGCUUUCAUAACAUGGGCUUUUUUCUUAUGAUGGCAGACAAAAGUUUCCCAAUCUGUCCAUCUAUAAUGGAAUCAGCCAUUUAAUCUUCUCACUUCGCAUGUUUAAUGUUAACGUUUAAGUAAGGCAUUGCUUCCCAGCUUUGUGUUUGAAUUGAUAAUUUGUACAAAUCAGGAAAAUAUGUAUUUAAUUAGGUUGAGCCAUCUGAAUUUGCUGAUAUUCGACUCUUAUGUAAAAACAGGAGUCGCAAUUUCAUAUGGUUCAAUAAAAUAAAAUUGAUACCUGGCACAGUGGCUUACGCCCAUAAUCCCAACACUUUGGGAGGCUGAGACAGGAGGAUCACUUGAGCUCAGGAGUUCAAGACCACACUGGGCAACAUGGCAAAACCCUGUCUCUACAAAAAUACAAAUAUGAGCCAGGCAUGAUGGCACAUGCCUGUAGUUCCAGCUACUUGGAAGGCUGAGGUGGGAAGAUCCCUUGAGCCCAAGAGGCAGAGGUUUCAGUGAGCUGAGAUCAUGCCACUGUAAUCCAGUCUGGGCAACAGAAUGAGACCCUGUAUCAAAAAUAAAAAAGAAAAAUACACACACAGUUGAAUGAUUUUUAUUCUCCUCUUUCAUUUUUAUCUACAAUAUAGUCCAUUUUGAUUUUAUGGUCAUCCAUUGGCUUUGGAAGUUUGAAAAAUGCUAAACAACCUACCCAGACCCAUGAGGCCUCAGGGUUACCCAGGCUAGUGAAGGACUUAAGAAUAAGAUCUCCACCCCACAGCCAGAGAAAGAGCUUUCCUAGCCCCUGGAAGGGAAGUUCUUAUGUCCUGGGGUUAGGUUGCAGACAGCAGCUGCCAGGCCUGGCAGAGCCCUGGAGAUACAUAUAUUAUACACGUGCUGGAGUCCAGAACCAGCAAGGAGUUUUUAUUUAGUACAGUUAUCUCACUAAUGACCAGUCAUUCUAUAUACCUCUAAAAGGGAAAGCUUGUUUUGUUUUCAUUUUGCAGAGAUGGAGAGAUAGGCUGCUUGGCUCUUUAUAAAGCUUUGCUUAUCUUAUGCGGAUUACUUAAUUUUGGAGAGAAAAAGCUAACAGACACACUCUGGUGGUGGUUCCUGAAAAGAGGCAACCAGGAAGGAUUUGGAUACACCCUAUCUUUUUUCACCUCAAGGCUUUUUUUUUGAGACGGAGUCUCACUCUGUCACCCAGGCUGGAGUGCAGUGGCGUGAUCUCAGCUCACUGCAAUCUCUGCCUCCUGGGUUCAAGCGAUUCUCCUGCCUCAGCCUCCGAGUAGCUGGGAUUACAGGUGGGCGCCACCACAUCCAGCUAAUUUUUUUUUUUUUUUGUAUUUUUAGUAGAGACGGGGUUUCACCACGUUGGCCAGGAUGGUCUUGAACUCCUGACCUCGUGAUCUGCCUGUCUCAGCCUCCCAAAGUGCUGGGAUUACAGGUGUGAGUCACCACGCCCAGCCGUUAUUGUGUUGUUCUUGUUGUUGUAUUUGAGAAAGCUUUUAGCAGAUUACAAGAAAUGAUUCUCUUAGGGAAGAAAAAUAAUCACCGAGUUUCCUUUCCUAGUCUUAGUUCAAUCCAUAGAGUGUUGUGUUUAUCCCCAAAGGGUCUUGUAGUCUUCAUUGCAAACGUUUGAUUCUGAUCUACUCACAUACAAGGAAAUGGAGAUUUGCCAAGACCAAAACUAGAGGGGCGGGCUUCCCAUCAGGGUUUUCCUGUGGGGAGAUGACAGGGGAAAUCCUAAUUAUGACUUGUCCUCUUCCCUGAAUUGCUGUUUACAGCAGUGUAGUUCCAAUGUAAACAACAGGGGUUGGGGAUGGUUUGUAUAGGACAGGAGCCCCACCCAGAAGGCCUACCCGGGUAAGAGAGGGCCCAGAACCUAGUUGCAGCAUUUGCCCAGUGACCCUACCCCAGCCUUUGUGUGUUAGGAAGCUGGAAACCCAGGCUGGUCUCCAUUUCUUGCCUUUGUCACUAACCCCAAGCUGUCAGGCAUUUGGACUCAGAACUGCUUUUCAGUGUUCUAAGUCCUUAUUUGAUUACAAAUAUUCAGUGAAUCGAAGUCAGUCACUUUGGUCCUAAUUUUUAGCCCGUUGAUCCAAAUUGUUGUUUGUAAGAUGUGGAAAAUAACCCUGACCUUACCAGGGGUCCUGAGAAUGUGAAUCCAUUCAUCAAAAUGGUUCCACAUCUAGAAGCAUUUUGCCUACACUGUGUGGAGAAAAGUAGAAUGCCACAAAGCCCAGGCAUCAUUCAAUACAAGGCCAACUGUCUGCUGCCAGUCUGGCAUAAGAUCACAUUGAAACUGCUAAGCAAUGGUACAUCCAGUUAAACAAAGUUCUUCCAAGAGAGUAAACUCAAGUCAUCUUAUACACAUAUUUGUUCUGGGUUGUGGGGGAUGACAGUUCAGCAGAGUCAGAUGUUCUAGAGCAGAGGUUCUCAACCCUGGCUGUAAAUUGGGAUCAUCUGGCCAGUUUUUGGUAUUAAAUCAGUGCAAAGGCCCUCACCUCAGAGAUUUGGAUUCAAUAGCUUCAGGUGGGACCUGCAAUCCAUGCUUUGUUUGGAACCUAAGGAAUGACUGUGAUGCGCAGCCAGGGUUGACAAGAGCCUUUAGUCUAGAGCUCGCAGCAGACCCUAUUUGCAAUCUUAUUUAAAAGAACAGCCUAGCAAAUGAAGGUGUUUUUAAAAAUUGCUAGUCAUGUGAAAUGAACUGAGUAUUGAUCAAUAAUACACACUGGGCAGCUGUGAGAGAGUUUGAUGCUCAUCUUUGUAGAACUCAAGAACAUACUCCAUAAAGUACAGCUGAAAAGAUCACGAAAACCUUGGAGCCUUCAAGGAGAGAGAAGGGUGACUUGGGGUAUGUAUGGGGAGAAUUAAAAACCUGUCAUCUUGGUUCCCGCUUGUGGGGAAUAAAGGGAAGGUAAUCUCUUAACUGAGCUGCUGACUAAUCAAGCAUGAAGGUUUCUGGGAAGCUGUUUUUUUUUUUAAUUUCACCUAGAGUUAAAUUAAUAGUCCCCUCUGCAGUUAGAUUUUCUUUCCCUUCACCUAUCCUGAUGCCUGAGUGCACAUUGGAUUCCUCAGAAUAAGGGUGGGUCCGUUUUCUGCAGGAGCAAAUUAGAAGGUUGUGGUCAUUUUGCAAUCACAUGGUGAUGAUGGUGGUUUCAGUAGUGGGUAAUUAAGGAGAUGCACACUUUUGUAUAGCCCUGACAGAAGACAAAAGCUGCCAUUCCUUUUAGUACACUUUUUGAGAACUAUCAGAAACCUAAACUUUCUCUCCUAGAGAAGAACAUUUGGAAUUUAAAUAGGCCACAUUUCUUCCUAGGAAACAAACAUAGGAAGGGCAUAUGGACCGGAGCAUCCAGGGUGGUCACUGGGUGAUCAAACGAGUGUUGAUGCCUAGAAGCCAGAAAUCACACUGCAACAUCAAAUGUUUCAUCAGGCAAACAGCAAGGAGCUCUUCAGGCUGUGUUCUCUAGACCCGAAAAUGUCCUCUGUGGUUUGGCUGACAAAUGGAAUCUCUUUAGAAAAUAUGCAAAAGGGUAUCUCAGCUAUCCAUGACGAUUCUGUCUAGGACAAAGAAUUAACAGUUCCUUCCAAAACAGAGGUCUGUUUCACGCCAUCCCCGCAUCCUGUCUCUCCCUGUCCUUGUCUGCAGUGGAAGUGAAUGUCAUCAUACCAGAAGUUUGAUGUGAACAAGUGAUUUCCAAAUGUAGAAACACCACCAAUGUACUUAGGGGGAUAAACAGUGGUAGGGUGUUAGAGCAUCUCAUCAGAGGAGAAAGUCACCCACUUGGAAACCUACCGUGUACCCGUCGUGAGUUAUAAGAGUGUAUCAGAAAGCUGAUUUUACCAUCUGUUGUGAAAGGUUAUCUGCAAUGAGGGCUGCUGGGACGUCAGCCUGCUGAUCUCACAAGUAUACUACUUCUUAUUCCACUUCAGAAGUGGGGAACUUGACAAGUUUCUUGUCUGCCUUUUGAUGUUGAUUCUAUAGAUUAAUUAGUUCAGGAACAAGUCUUUCAUAUACAUUAGACUGGUAUCACUGAGUUCUGAUCUCUUCUGUUGUUCUUCAACUGACAAUCUGGCUUGCCAGUGUCAGCUGCUACAUUCUGAUACAGGAAGUUGAAGGAAUCUAGUGGCCAAGAGUCGUAGUUUAGAAAUAACCCAUCUGAAUGCUGCUUUUACCACUUUGAUACCUGAAAAGACCAUCCUUCUUUCUAAAACCUGAAAACAACAUAUAGAGAAAUACUGUAGAAACCAAUUGUUAGUGUCUAACUAGGAAAAGCAAGUCGACUGACUCAUUGACAAUCCUUUCAAAACAAGACCUAGAGAUAAACCAUUUUUCCAGUUUCAAUUUCAUAGACAUUUAAAAAAAAAAACUAAGAAGCAUAUCUUGUCACCCAGUGCUAGCAAAAAUUGUAAAAGCAAAACCAAAGUUUUUGAUGUUAGUUUUAUUUUUGUGAGCAGGGUAUACUAUAGUUGUGGCCCCUAUGGAACACACAGGCAGCCAGUUUUCUGCUACCUGAGCCUUGGAGAAGAUGAGAAGGAAGGGCUGCCUGCUGUACUGCCCUUUGGAAAGGUCCAAAGCAGACAUGAGAGUACACAGCAGAAGUCACUUUCUCCUUCUGAUGACCACCUUUUAAAAGGCUUAACAGAAUCACCAAAUGUCAUGGUCACCUCUUGGCCAGUGGAAAAUUGUCUGGGCCUAUAUAUGUUGGAGGAACUCAGAUAGAAAAGGACUUGUAAACAGCAUGAAAACCUCAACAUCUGUUGUCUCAAGCACUUUUUUAAAAGGCCACAAUUCAGGUGUUACUGGAUGACUUAACUGCAUGGACAUUGGGGGCUGACUUGUGUUGUGAUUAUUCCAAUUGUGGGCUUUGGAGAAGCAGAGGGAUGAUUUUCAGUUAUGUGGGUGUUAAGUCUACGGAUUGGGAAUUUACCAUUGAAAUCGAUCAUUCAAAAUGUGACUUCAUAGUAGGGCCAGCUCCUCCUUAGUUGUCCUUUUGUUUUGUACAUAAAAUACAUCUGGUACUUCUUACUUGGAAAGUUGUACUAUAUCCAUGAAAAUGGUUAAAUGAGAAGCCCAUCAAGACUCAUCUAAUAGCUGAAAUGCAAUUUUUAAAAUAGAAUAGGAUGAAUUUAACAUGAAACGAUGUGACCUUCUAGGGAACUUUUUCUAGAGAGCUUACAUAUUGUAAUUGGGGAGAAUUUUGUCUUCUAUUUCCAUUCAACAGUAGCAAACUGGUAGUUUUAUAAAAUUAACAUUAUAGUAUGUUAUAUAAAUAAACAUUAUAUAAAAUGACAUUAAAGUAUGUUAUAACUGUGAAAAAUUGAAGACUUGGAGGUAUCCACAACCUUUAUGUGCAAUAAGGAAAACUGCAGUAGGCCCCCAAAGUGCUGUCUUUCCCUAGCAUUUUACUCAUUGUUUGCCUUUGUGUGUAUGUUUAGAUUGCUAUUGUAAAGCUAGCCAUGUGUGUUCCUGCCCUUUACUGAUAUUUAACACAUUUUCUGAAAGCUUUUGUUUUUUUACAAAAGUCAAAAUAAAACAACUAAUUGGCUGA